UUUAUGACUGUGUUUGUUUGGAAUUUGUCCAGUGUUUCACUAACUGGCUGCAUUCGUUCAUUCAUAAUGGCAAAGCAUCAUCCAGAUCUGAUUUUUUGCAGGAAACAGGCUGGAGUUGCCGUUGGAAGACAGUGUGAAAAAUGUGAUGGCCGAUGUGUUAUAUGUGACUCUUACGUCAGGCCUUGUACACUGGUUCGUAUUUGUGAUGAAUGCAACUAUGGGUCUUACCAAGGACGCUGUGUGACCUGUGGAGGUCCUGGAAUAUCUGAUGCCUACUACUGCAAAGAGUGCACCAUCCAGGAGAAGGACAGGGAUGGCUGCCCCAAGAUCGUGAACCUCGGCAGCUCGAAGACCGACCUUUUCUAUGAGAGAAAAAAAUACGGCUUCAAGAAGAGAUGAAGAAGCGGAGGGAUCACCAUUUUAGAGGGUUUUUUACUUUGUUAUCAGACUUGAUACAAUAAAAGAUGCACACUG